AUGGGUGCAGCAAGUAUCACGCCGCUUGAACUUUCAUCAUACGCCAAUGAACUUGAUAAUGAGGCGAAAACGGCCCGAUCCCCGGUCGACUGGAGUGAAGAUGAGGAGAGGAAGGCGAAAUGGAAGUUGGAUCUGAUCAUUAUGCCGCUUCUGACCCUCGGCUUCUUUUGUUUACAGCUCGAUCGAGGCAACAUCGCAAAUGCCAUCACCGAUACCUUCAUGGAGGACGUGGGAAUUUCUCAAUUCCAGUUCAACGUUGGGCAACAAUUGCUUUCUCUCGGAAUUGUUCUCUUCGAAAUUCCGUCAAACAUGAUACUUUACCGUGUUGGCCCCGGCAAGUGGCUGACGCUGCAGCUAUUUUUCUUCGGCCUUGUCAGUACUUUCCAGGCCUUUCAGACCAAUUACGCCAGUUAUCUUGUGACACGGUUUCUCCUCGGGGUCAGCGAAUCGGGAUACAUACCCGGUGGGCUCUGGACCUUGUCGACAUGGUACACACGUAAAGAGACAGCGAAGAGGGUCAUGAUAUUCUUCUUCGGUAACCAGCUAGGCCAGGCUUCGGCCAAGCUGAUUGCAUACGGAAUUCUGCACAUGAAAGGGGUUGCGGGAUACCCUGGCUGGUUUUGGCUGUUCAUCAUCAUGGGCAGCUUCACGCUUGCAAGCGGAGUUGUCCUCGGCUUCUGCCUUCCUGACGCAUUUCAUAACCCUCAUAGCUGGUUUCUUCCGCGUUUCAAUAUCUUCACCGAACGGGAGCUUCAUAUCUUGCAGAAGCGUGUCAUGCUAGAUGACCCCAACAAGAAGAAAACGAAGCAACACAUUGGCAUGGCGGCUUUCAAAAAAGCUUUUUCCAACUGGCGGGUUUGGAUACACAUCUUUAUCACUCUCGGCAACAAUGGUCCGUUCAGGGGCUUCGACACUUAUGGCCCGACCAUUAUUAGAAGUUUCGGCUUUCCCUCCCUUACGAGUAAUGCCCUCGCUGCUGUGGGAUUGUUUCUUCAAGUCCCUGUCUCGUUUGGUUUUAGUUACGUUUCUGAUCGCUUUAAUAAGCGUGGCGAGACGACGAUUCUUGCCAUAGGCAUGCAUAUGUUCGGUUACAUUCUCAACCGCAUCUUCACCGAAAUCAACAAGCGAGGUGUAAGGUAUUUCGGUGUCGUAUGGACGCAGACCUUUGCCUCGUUUCCGCAUCCUCUGAACAUCACUUGGAUGUCUUUGACCUGCACCGAUCCCGAGGAGAGGUCCUUGGCAAUGGCGAUGAUCAUUAUGAGUGCAAACAUUGCAGCGAUCUAUGGCGCGCAAUUGUUCCAGGCAGACGACAAGCCUCUUUACCGCAGAGCAUUCGAUUCAAAUAUUGGUAUCCUCGCUUUUGCAUUGGUACUUGCAUGCAUCAGAUACGGCCAUGAAGUUUAUCAAAGAAGGAAGUCUUCGCCAAAUGCAUGA